AUGCUCAAAACAUAUUUUUUAAUUAGAUCAAGUAUUUUAUUAUUUGAAACACUACCUAUUAUAAAUAGUGUGUACAGGAGAUCUUUAGGAGGAAUAAUGAAAUCUACAAUUAACAAUGACAUUGAUAUUUAUCACACUAAAAAUAAGAUACAUUUUAAUCCAAAAAAUGUUGUUUUAUUGACUAAGACAACAAAAUUACAAUAUCUUUUAAAGAAAUACAAAGUAAAAUAUGAAGAUAGAUAUCAACAUAAAUUUGUAAAAAAAUUAGAAAAAAUUGGUGUAAAUAUUAAUGAAUUGGAGGGAAAACAACGUUUUCAGGAUGAAUUUGUAAAUGAAAUUGUUUCAACAUUAAAUGAAAGAAAAAUUAAAACUAAAGUUGUUUUACGGGAUGAUUUUAAUGAAGAAUUGGUAAAUCAAAGUGAUUUAGUUAUUUCUGCCGGUGGUGAUGGUACAUUUUUAACUGCAGCUAGUAGUGUUUCUCCAAAGAUACCAUUAAUUGGUAUCAAUACAGAUCCCGUAGGUUCUGAGGGACAUUUAUGUAUUGCUGGAAAAGCUAACAUUCCACCAAGUGUUCAAAUAAAUGAUUUUUUAAAUGGUAAUUUUGAAUGGUUGAAAAGGCAAAGAAUAAGAGUUAAAAUAAUAAAAUCUGUUAAUGGUUCACCACCAUUAUCACCUAAUGGAAAUGGUAUAGUUUCAUUACCAGAACAAAUAAAUCACCAUGAAUCAUUAGCACUUAAUGAAGUUUUUAUUGGUGAAACACAUGCUGCAAGAGUUAGUUAUUAUGAGUUACAAAUUGAUGAUGGUCCAAUGCUUAAACAAAAAAGUAGUGGUUUAACUGUAUGUACUGGGACUGGUUCUUCAUCAUGGCAUUAUAAUAUUAAUCGAAUCACAGAGCAAAAAAUGGAAUCUAUUCUUGACAUAUUAGAAGAUCUAAAUAUUGAUUUCAAAGGAAAAAAAAAUGCUAGUUUUAUAGAAGAAGCGUGUAAUAGAUUUAAUUCUAAAUUAAAGUUUGAUCCUGGAUAUGAAAAAAUGUCCUUCUCUGUUCGUGAUCCAGUUUUUAAUUCAACAUUUCCUUUGACUGAAUCUCGUGGAUUUUGUAAAAGCAUUCGUGUCAAGUCUCGUUGUUCAAAUGCGCAAAUUGUUCUUGAUGGUAAUCUAACAAUUAAUUUUAACCAAGGCACUGAAGCUAUUCUUGAGUUAAGACCUGAAGAUUCUCUUAUUACUGCCACAAUUAUUGAUUUUGAAAUAUUAUUUAUUACAUACAUAAAAGAUUUUCUUUCACUCUGA